AUGUCGGAGGACUCGGUGGCACCGUUUAGUACCGUCGAUAUCAACAAUGAAAACAGGGAUGACGAAGAUCUUUUUGCUUCAGCGGUCCAGGAAGUAAGUUUGGAUCCUGAAGUAAAUGGAGUAAGGGAUAGUCUAGAAAAGAUUAGCAUUGUGGAUGCUUCAGUAACAACAGCUUCAAUUGCUAGCCCCAUUAUGGAGGAGAUUGUUACUGAACGUGCUAACAACAUAAUAGUGACUAUAACUGAACCUCAGAAAAUUGGGGAAGGAAUGAGUUCAUAUGUGGCAUAUCGAAUUCUCACUAAGACCAAUAUGCCCAUUUUUAACAAACAUGAAUUUGGAGUGUUGCGCCGUUUCAGUGACUUUCUGGGUCUGCAUGAAAAGCUUUCUGAAAAAUAUUUACGUUCUGGUAGAAUAAUACCCCCUGCUCCUGAAAAAAGUAUUGUUGGUACAACAAAACUAAAAAUGUCAUCAACGUCGUCAACUGAGAGCAUCAAUGGUAAUUCUGGGUCAAAUGUUCAUACACAAUUUGUUGAGCGUCGUCGUGCGGCACUUGAGCGAUUCUUGAACAGAUUAGCUCAACAUCCUGUGUUAUGCAUAGAUCCUGAUUUUAGGGAGUUUUUGGAAUCUGACACGGAAUUACCUAAAGCAACAAGUACAUCUGCCUUAAGUGGAGCUGGUAUGAUGCGGCUCCUGAACAAAGUCGGAGAAACAGUUAAUAAAAUCACGUAUCGCAUGGAUGAAUCUGAUCCUUGGUUCGAAGAGCGCAUUGCACGCGUAGAAUCACUGGAAGCGGGGUUGCGUAGACUGUGCGGUGCGUGCGAGGCGUUGGCCAGCGAACGUCGCGAGCUGUCCGUGAGGUCGCACGAGGCAGCCCGAUGUAUCGCAGCCGCAUCGGCCGCGGACCCACACGCGCCCCUCUCUAGGGCCUUGUCACAUUUAUCCGAUCUAUACGAUAAGAUAGAGCAUUUAAGAGUGGAGCAAUCGAACACUGACUUCUACGUGUUGACUGAACAUAUCAAGGACUAUUUGGGUCUCAUUGCUUCAAUCAAAGAUGUUUUCCACGAAAGGGUUAAGGUAUUUCAAAACUGGCAACACGCUGAAAUGCAACUAAACAAAAGGAGAGAAAAUAAAGCGAAAGCGGAAAUCGCAAAUCGACCGGAGAAGAUCGAACUGGCUUCCAAUGAGAUUAUUGAGUGGGAAUCAAAAGUGGAGCGUUGUCACACAGAGUUUGAUACAAUCUCUCGCGUGAUCAAGAAAGAGUUGGAGAGAUGGGAGGAGAUAAGAGUGGCGGAGUUGAGGACCACCAUUUUGAGAUACCUCGAGGAACAUAUGAAGCAUCAGGCACAGUCGAUCAGGUACUGGGAUGGAUUCCUCCCAGAGGCUCGUGCGAUUAAAUGA